UACAGCAGCAGGCUGAAACUUCAGUUAGUAACUGUAGAAACAAGCGGGCUGAAGAGGCGCUCAAUGAAAGAAACAUGUCCUCAGCUCCAGCAGAUGAGUUGGGCUACAAACCCCUGGAUGGUGGUUGGGGCUGGGUGGUGGUGGUUGGGGCCCACAUUUCCAUAGGAUUUGCAUACUCCACAUCCAAAGCCCUCUCCAUUUUCUUCAGAGACAUCCAAGAGGAUUUAGGGGCCAGCUACAGUCAAAUAGCAUGGAUCUCCUCUAUCAUGCUAGCUGCCAUGUAUGCAGGCGGACCUGUGAGCAGUGUGUUGGUCAAUCGCUUUGGAAGCCGGCCAAUAGUCAUACUGGGUGGACUAAUGUGUGGGGUCUCUAUGGCAAUUUCUUCUUUUGGGAACUCCAUCGUUUACCUCUACCUCUUCAUUGGUGUCAUUGGAGGUUGUGGACUCUCCUUAAACCUCAAUGCAUCUCUCACCAUCAUCAGCAAGUAUUUCCUGGCCAGACGUCCUUUAGCUAACGGACUAGCCAUGGCUGGGAGUCCAGUGUUUCUAUGUAUUCUGGCGCCUGUCAGCCAAUAUUUACUGCUCAAGUUUGGCUGGAGAGGAAGUCUCCUUAUCCUUGGGGGUCUGAUACUUAAUUGUUGUGUUGCUGGGGCCCUGAUGAGGCCUGUCAUUCCAUCUCGUGAGCCAUCCUCAUGUGCACCUCAGAAGAAAGUGGAGGAACAGCCAAUUAUGCACAAAACCAAGCUAAAAGAAAGCUGUAUGAACAAUGCAAAGAAGUUCUUGGAUUUGACCUUCUUCAGGGAUAGAGGCUUCGUCAUUUACCUCAUUGGGAACGUGCUGUUCAUCUUCGGUGCCUAUGCGCCCAUUGUGUUUCUGCCAGCCUAUGCUGUUACCAAAGGCAUAGAGGAAUACAAUGCAGCCUAUCUGCUCUCUAUUAUGGGCUUUGUGGACAUGUUUGUGCGACCUGGCACCGGCCUGAUCGCCAACAGCAAGUGGAUCAGGCCCAGGAUCCAGUACUUCUUCAGCUUUGCCAUAGUUUUCAACGGCACGUGCCACUUACUGUGCCCGCUGAUCGAGAGCUACGCCUUCCUGGUGACCUAUGCGGUGUUUUUUGGCGUGAGUUUUGGUAUGGUUUUCGCCCUGAUAUUUGAAUGUCUGAUGGACCUGAUGGGAAGUGAACGCUUCCCCAGUGCUGUUGGACUGGUCACCAUCAUCGAGUGCUUCCCCAUGCUACUGGGACCACCUGUCGCAGGGUUGCUGGUGGACAUCUUUGGUGACUACAAGUAUCUUUUCCUCAUGUGUGGCUCAGUGAUCACGACUGGUGGACUCUUUCUCUUCGUCAUGAACAUCUACAACUAUCACGUGCUUGAUAAAGAGAACUCAACAAAGGACAGAAAGAAGAACCAAAAAGCCAUAGAGAAACAGGACCAGGUGAGUGUCUCAGAGAUGAAACCGAUCCCUGAGGCAGCCACAGCACAAACUGAACCUGAGUCAAAAGAGAACAGAGCCCAGAAAGAUCCAUGCCAGGUGAGUGCAGAAACACCAAAUAAAAUGUGAAUUAAAUGUUACUCUACAGUUAGUUGCUAUUAAUCACUGCAGAAGAAGAGGGUGCAACAAGAUGGCACAAUUAAAGGAGUGCAUCCCAUCUAAGUGGUGGAAAACUUUGUGAAAAAUGUGGAAAAAAAUAGGGCGUUUCUGUUUGUUUCAUGUUGUUCGGGAAGGUUAAUGUCUCCUUAUCGCUGUGAUGUUUUUAUCUGCCUCUAUUUUUAAUGUCCUCAGUGGAAGUUUGAAUGACAUAAGUCCCAUGUCUCAUGUGUGCCCCUUAUUUUCCAUGUCUGCUUCCAUUUCAAUUUGUCGCAUUUUGCUUCGAUACGCCAACUUUUUCCACCUGAACCAAAUGUUAAAAUCUUAAUUUUGUCAAACAAAAAUCAUAUUUGUUUAACUGUUCAAGCCAAAUUUGCCAAGCAAAAAGACCAACAGCCCAAAGUCACGCUAGGAGCUAUGUAAGGCUGUGGGCUUAGGUCCGGCAGUGCACUGAGCCAAAUACUCACGUUGGUAUACUAACACUGUCACAGUGAUGAUGCUAAACAUGCUAAUAAUAAGCAGGUAUAAUAUUUACCAUGCUCCCCAUGUAGUGUGUUUACAUGCAUUAGCUAAUUAGCACAAACUGCAAAGUGUUGUUUAGAACCAAGGAUAUGUCACUAAUUUUUCCAGUAUUUUGUCAACAAAAUACUUAUAAUAACAGAAUAAGUGACGUCUUAACCAUAAUUGUACAAAAUCAAGUCACAGGUUAUGCUGAAAUGCACACACACUCUAUAUACUAGAGCAAAUGUUUACAGUAACGGUUAACUUCUUUCUCUCACAGGAUCAUGAACGAACACUUCGUUUUGUGAUUCCUAGCUGUUCAUUGUACCAGUUUUAAUUGUUCUUGUUGUAAUGUGCAUAACCCCAGGAGAUGUUUGCACUUGCAGUGUUAACAUCACAAAAGUGGUUUUACACAUGAAAUACUGUAGCUGCCUAUCCUCCAGACGAAUUCAAAUUAGGCUGGAGUCUCUCAAUUCAUUUUUAUUUUCUAAGGGGUGUUAUCAUGGUCGUAGACCAAAAUGCCUCUGGACACGAUUUUGUAGACCUAUAACCAAACAGAGCAUGAAAAUAUCAUGUAGUGCUAAAAAACGUAAACGGACUACAGCGUGCAGAGAUGAGCUAUGAUGGUGUUGCGUUAAUAUGUCUGUGAACGGUUGAUGCCAUUUUUGAAUUUACAAGUGGUACUUCAGCAGAAAGUUCCACAUCAGCUGCAGCAAUCUUGGUUAUUUUUCAAAAUGCCUUAGUAGCAGUCCUCUUUGUUCAGCAGGCUUUAUGUCCGCUGGCAUGUCCCCGGAAUGACUUUUUCUGAGCCAGAAAGUACGUCAUCACAUAUUUUGCUUUGAGCGCGAAGCCUCUGCAAGCUGUCAGUUAUUGUGUCAAACCUCGCCCAAAUUAAAUAAACAGUUUUGAUUGGCCUGAAGUGAGUAAGGUGGGCUGAAAAUCUGUUUGCAAUAAAGGCCAGUUUUUUUAUUCCUAGGGUGACAAAGGCAUGACCUGCUUUAGCUGGUACUCUUUACCUUUGUUGGUUUGAUCGGUUAGAUUUAAGCUUGCGGAGAAGAUUUGUAAGGGUAAAAAUAUCAGGGUUAGCCAGUCAGAUGCAGAGUAGGGUGGGUCAUGCCCUCGACAUCCUAGGAAGAAAAAAAAGGGAAGGGUAUAAGGCACAUCUGUCCAAAGAAAUUUAAACAUGGGCUUGGAAAUU